AUGGAUGUUGUUUCCCAGAUGUUGCAAUCCUUUCUUGGCUUAAUACAGCUGCAUAAAUGCUCUGUAUUUCAGGCCGGUGACAAUCACCAUUUCCACCCAAGCUGUGCCCGGUGCUCUAAAUGUGGUGAUCCAUUUGGUGAUGGUGAAGAAAUGUACAUGCAAGGUGGAGCCAUCUGGCAUCCAAGAUGUGGGCCAGCACCUGAAGAAAAACUAGCUGAUGGUUAUAUAAAUGGCCAAACUAAAGAAGAUCUGGUUGAUGGUGAGCGUACAGUAGGUUGCUCUUAUUCUCCGAGUUUGUCCAGUUCACGUUCACAAAGCCCCCAUGGUUCUUUGACGAGAAAGUAUGGGCAUAAACGUUCUGGUAGUUAUCCAGAUAAAGAAAACAUCUUUGUUGGUGACCUUAGUCGUGUUUACACCAUAAGUUACUUGACAGCUGAACCCACACAGGGCUACCUCAGACGCCCCAUCCAGCCCUAUCCACCAAAGUCUCCACAGUUUUUCCGACCUCCAGAAAGUUUGAAAAGAAGAUCACCAGGAAGAUCGUCAGGAACAAAACAAGGGAUGUCUGUUCUUGUGGAAUCCAUCCAGUCUAGUGUACCUCGACCCAAGUCUCCAUACAUGAAUAAUGAGGAACCGAUAGAAUUAUCACAUUACCCAGGAGCACAACGACCUAAACCUACAGAAAUUCCCAGGAUUGAAAGAGAUGACUUUCCUGCUCCACCAUUCCCUUACACCGAUCCCGGUAUGUGACAAACAUCCUU